GAAUCGACGAUUCUGGAGAUGAGCAGCACCCCAGUCUCUGGCCAGACAAACAAUGCCAACGCAUCUCUCACCGAUCAGGUACUUCUUCCGCAGUCGAGAAAUCCGGCCAUUUUGCAGCAAAUGCAGCAAAUACCAACUGAACAGCAAGACGUCACAUACGCGACAGGGAGCAGUCAACAAGCCUGCAGCCCACCCUGCAAUUUCAAUGUGUCAUUUCUACAGCAAGGUGCUCUACAAGUUAACUUAACAGCUGUUAAAAUACAAGCAAGCCCUAAACGACCUACGCCUGACAGGCGAUGCAAGGUUAUUGCGACAUUGCCAACUUAUAAAUGUGGUCAAAAGUGGUUCUUCAAUAAAAGAACAAGAACCUGCCUUCCAAGCUGCAGUAGAAGGGCUCCCUUUAGGAGCAAGAUAGCCUGCGAUGGAGUUUGUCGAUCCGUGGGAGUUUGUGAUUUCCCAAUGGCAAGCAUUGGCUGUUUUCGUGAGGUGCACGAAGUAUUCAUUUACAAUCCCAACCAGAAUUCGUGCUUCAAGGCGUACGACUGUUCUUACUUCGGAAAUAAAUUCCCUACGUUGCAGCAAUGUCAGAAAACUUGCAGAAAGGGUGCAUCACAACAGCACUUAGCGGGAUCAGGAGUGGACACCCCUCUGGCCUCCACGCCAAUACAAAAUGCUGGAUCUACUGUGGGUCUUCAACCAGCUUUGUCACAUUCCGGUACAUCUCUUGGACCAGGUCUUUUCGGUACCCAAACAGGUGCGGCACAUGUAUUGACCACCUCACUACAAGGCAGUUCACAAAGCUCCGGCUCCGGCUCGCUGUUCAUAGAGCAACAUGGCCAGACAGGACCAGCACUUACUGCUCAGAAAGCGGGCACUAGGUAA